AUUGCCGACAUUUUGGUGUAGAAAAAAGUUAAAAAUACUUUAAAAUUAUACAUUAUAUAUUACAUUAGAUCCAAUAAGAAAAAUCUACAAAGAAAGUACUUUAGUGAGACACUGUAAAAUAAUAAAUAAAAAACUACGCUAAAAUGGCUAUGCCUAAUUUGUCCCAUUCCGACUUGGAAAAGUUGAAGUUUUUCAUAAAUUUUGUAGCGGAAAAUCCAACAGUUCUUAAUACGCCUCAGCUACAAUUUGUAAAAGACUUUAUAGAAAAAUUCGGUGGUAAAGUACCCGCUGGAGAAUUCAAGAUGCCCGGUGGAGCAGCUGGAGGAAAGUGUCCUUUUGGUGGAGAUGCUGGCGGUGCCAGCGACAGCCCUAGCGGUAUGAAUGUUGAUGAAUCGGAAGAAUCUGAUUUGGAAGAAUCAGAACAGGAAUCUGAAGUCGAAUUAGACAUGGAAGGCGUUAUCGACGCCGACACAGAUGCCGACCAGCCGAUGGGUGAUUCGAGUAAGACACCAAGUGAAGAAGAGAUCGAUCAAGCUAGCGAUUUGCGAUCACAAGCAGCCGCCGCUUAUUCGGAGCAGAAAUUCGAUGAGGCCAUCGCAUUGUACACCAAGGCCAUCGAGCUGAAUCCCGGCAAUGCUUUGUUCCACGCCAAACGUGGUCAGGCAUUCCUCAAACUAAAGAAACCCAAUGCUUGCAUACGUGAUUGUGAUAAGGCAUUGGAGUUGAAUUGUGAUUCAGCUGCAGCCUAUAAAUUCCGUGGCCGUGCCCAUCGUUUAUUGGGCGAUUGGGAAAAGGCAGCUAAUGAUUUGCGACAAGCUUGUAAGUUGGACUUUGAUGAAGAAGCCGAUGAAUGGUUGCGUGAGGUGACGCCUAAUGCCAAGAAACUCGAACAACAUCGUAUUAAACAGGAGCGUAAGCGCGCUGAACGUGAAACUAAGAAGGCACAACGACGUGCACGCGCACAUGCCAAAGAGCGCAGCAAGCAGCAGCAGCAGCAGCAACAACAACAGCAACCACAAGGUCCACCAAAGGGCUUCAAUCCGGAAUUUUUAUCGGCGCUGAAUGAUAAGGAGUUCCAGGAAAUACUAACUGAUAUCGCUAAGAAUCCAGCAAAUAUAGAGAAACACAGGAACAAUCCCAAAUUCGCUAAGUUGCAGAGCAUGGCCAAGCAAUUGGGCAUGGAUAAUGUAUUUAAUAUGUUUGGCGGCUUGGGCGGCGCAGCAGGUGCUUUCGGCGCUGGCGCUGGCGCAGGUGCUGGUGCUGGUGCAUCGCCACAAGCUGAUGCUCCCAAGUCGGAACCUAAAAAGCCCGAAUUCGUCGAUGAUGGUUUAGAUUAAAGAAACGAGAGCCAGCUACUUGUUUCUCCUUCAACUACUUAGUGCGCUGUGUGCGCAUUUUUCUAAAUUAUCAUCAUAAAUAUUAUAUUUAUAAACAUAUAAGUUUUGGCAUGGCAAAAGGCGUUAAUUGUAGGAACGGACUUUCAAUGAAUCAGUAAAAUCUAAUUUUGAGUAAAACGCAAUAUAUCUUUGGCGCUGUGAAGAUUUGCGCUGAGAACAAAAAAAAAAAAAAAAAAAGAAAAAAAAAAACGAAAUAAAUAAAACAAGUCGUAACUGUUAAGCAUUCAAAUAAUAAAAUAAUUAUUAAAUCGCUUUAAUCCUACAUAUGGAAUUGUCUUAAAAAUGUUGAACUUUAUAAAUUUGCUUUCAUUAUUUUUUCACUCUGCACGAUUUGAUUCAUUAAAAAAUAUAUAUCACACUCAUUUUUAAUUUGCUUAUAUUUCAUAUUUCUUCGCGUUUCGUUUUCCUUUUCAAUGCCAGAAAAAGUGCAUUAUAUUGAAUUAAUAUCACAGCUACAUACAUACAAAUAAAUAUGAAUUAAUAUGUGUAAACAAUAAAAUCAACGAAAAAGUUAACCACUAGUGGCCAUGUUUACAUACAUACAUACAUACAUAAAUAGAUAUUUAUUGUUUACUUAAGCAGCUAACAAUAGUAGGAACCGGAGAGUUUUCCUUUUGAAGCAUUCAAACAUACAUAAAUAUAAUAUUUAUACAGACAAUGUACGCAAAUAUGAUGCACUCACUGCAAGGUAAAA